GAACGGUGUCGUUCUCGUCAACAAAAAAAAAAAAAAAAAAUUCUAAAAGCCACGAGUUAGAACUCCAGCAGCAGCAGCAUUAUACGUGGGAGCAAAGGUAUGAAAGAGGGACGGCAUUGCAGUAGGCACCAUUAAAUAAAUGCCAUGUUAUCAUCAAGCAAGAGCAGUUCAUAUCAUUCAACAGCUUAAAAACUGUAAGGAUUUCAUUUCUGCAAUCUCAACACACGCAAAUCUGUUCAAAUUAGGCCUUUUAAAUGAUACCAUCACCACUAAUCAUCUGCUCAAUUCAUACUUGAGAUUCCGAAGGAUUCAGUAUGCACGCCAUCUGUUCGAUGAAAUGCAUGAACCAAAUGUGGUCUCAUGGACCUCGCUCAUGUCAGGUUAUGUCAACAUGGGCCGACCCCAAUCUGUUUCCUGGCUCUAUACAAAGAUGUCCGAGAGUGAAGUUAGUCCCAAUGGUUUCACCCUUGCGACAGUGAUCAAUUCAUGUUCAAUUCUUGCUGAUCUCAAAACUGGCAAGAUGGUCCAUGCCCAUGUUCAUAUUCUGGGGCUUCAAGGCAACCUUGUGGUCUGUUCUUCGUUGGUUGAUAUGUAUGGGAAAUGCAAUGAUGUCGAUGGAGCUAGGAUGGUUUUUGAUUCGAUGAGUUGUUGGAAUAUUGUUUCUUGGACCGCAAUGAUUGCUGGUUAUGCACAGAAUGGAAAAGGAUAUGAAGCACUUGAGGUUUUUAGAGAGUUCAGUAGUUACAUAAUGGAACGUCCCAAUCAUUUUAUGUUGGCCAGUGUGAUCAAUGCUUGUGCUGCCUUAGGGAGGCUGGUUUCAGGGAAAGUCACGCACGGGGCUGUGAUACGUGGUGGGUAUGAGUUGAAUGAGGUGGUUGCGAGUGCGCUUGUGGACAUGUAUGCCAAAUGUGGGAGUUUUCUUUACUCAAAGAAGGUUUUUAGGAGGAUUCGAAAUCCUUCUUUCAUCCCAUAUACUUCAAUGAUUGUGGGUGCUGCAAAAUAUGGACUUGGGAAGCUAUCGCUCAAACUCUUUGAAGAGAUGACUGAUAGAAAAGUCAUGCCAAAUGAUGUCACCUUUGUUGGGAUUUUACAUGCAUGCAGCCAUUCAGGACUCGUUGAUGAAGGCCUUGGACUCCUGAAUUCCAUGCAUGAGAAACAUGGAGUAAUGCCUGAUGUAAGGCACUACACUUGUGUUGUCGACAUGCUCAGUCGAGUUGGCCGUCUAGAUGAGGCUCACAAAUUAGCAAAAUCUACUAGGGUGAACCCCAAUGAAGGGGCCCUUUUGUGGGGCGCACUUCUUUCUUCUAGUAGGCUUCAUGGACGAGUGGAUAUUGCUGUUGAAGCAAGUAAGUGGCUGAUUGAAUAUAAUCAACAAGUGGCAGGUGCUUACGUCACAUUAUCAAACACUUACACAUUGGCUGGGGAAUGGGAAAAUGCUCAUAGUCUUCGUACUGAAAUGGAACUCGUUGGAGUUCACAAGGAACCUGGGUGCAGCUGGAUUGAGAUAAAGGACUCAAUUUACGUGUUCUAUGCUGGAGACUUAUCGUGUGAAAGAGGGGAUGAGGUCAUUAGCCUGCUGAGGGAGUUGGAGAGGAGAAUGAUGGAAAGGGGUUGUGUUGGAGGGAGUACGGGGCUAGUAUUUGUUGAUGUGGAGCAGGAGGUCAAGGAGAAAAUAGUAGGCCUGCACAGUGAGAGAUUGGCCUUGGCCUUUGGGUUGAUAAGCAUACCUAAAGGAGUCACCAUUAGAGUGAUGAAGAACUUGAGGAUUUGCAGUGACUGCCAUGAGGCUUUCAAGUUGAUCAGUAUGAUUGUAGAGAGAGAUUUUGUUGUGCGUGAUGUUAAUAGAUUUCAUCAUUUCAAAGAUGGAUCCUGCACUUGCAAGGAUUUUUGGUGACUGAAAAAAAAAAAAAACAAAUAUACAUUGGCUAGUAGGAGUAGUAUAUUACUAAAAUGUGCACUUGAAUUAAUAUAAGAUAAUAUUGAUAUAAUUAUUUGAUACGAGGGCUUGUGAUUGGACCAAGUUCGCGGCGACAUGCAUGAAUGAGAAUGAUUGUGUUGCGAAAACUUCUGAAUUUAUACAUUUGCACUAAAUUCUUUCUUAUUAAAUAAGUUAUUUCUAGUUAUUCUAGAACAAUUAGAAGAUUUGAUAGAACAUGUUAUGAGGACUGUUGUUGUAAUAAUACUACUUCCAUACAUUCUGUAUUUUUAACUCUA